AAAGGAGGAGGCAUAAAAUAAUUAAGUGAUUGAAGGACAGAUUAACAAACACUAUCAAUUGUCUCUCUUAAACACAGCACAGCUCUGUAGCAGGGAAUCACUCACCAACAGUAGAAGGAUGACCUGCCACUCAUUGAGCUCCUUUGUACGGAGCCUGUCCAGGAGAAAACCUCUGGAGCCCGAGGGAGAGGAGUCCACUUUCAACCGCUGUCUGACCACCCUGGACCUGGUGGCCCUAGGAGUGGGGAGUACCCUGGGGGCAGGGGUCUACGUUCUCUCUGGAGAGGUUGCAAGGACGUCGUCAGGUCCCAGCAUCAUCAUAUCCUUCUUCAUUGCUGCCGUGGCCUCUGUCUUUGCCGGCUUGUGCUACGCUGAGUUCGGGGCCCGCGUCCCCAAAACGGGGUCUGCGUAUCUGUACAGCUAUGUGACAGUGGGAGAGCUACUGGCGUUUAUUACCGGGUGGAAUCUGUUGCUGUCCUACGUCAUAGGGACGUCCAGUGUGGCGAGGGCAUGGAGCGGAACCUUUGAUGACCUCAUCGGCAACGCCAUGGGGAACUUCUUCAAAGAAAACGUAUCCAUGAACCUCCCGGGCCUCGCAGAAUACCCAGACUUCUUUGCUGCUGGACUCAUUAUGCUCCUGGCAGGUCUGCUGGCCUUCGGUGUCCAGGAAUCGGCAAUAGUCAACAAGAUUUUCACGGCCAUCAACAUCCUGGUUCUUCUGUUUGUCAUUAUUGCGGGCUUCGUCAAGGGAGACAUCGGUAACUGGCAGAUCAGUCAGGAGGCGCUCAUCAACGCUACAGCAGAAUUACAGAACCUAACGUCUACAGUCAACGUGACCAGUGUGUAUGGGGAUGGAGGGUUCUUCCCAUACGGUUUCGACGGGACAAUCUCCGGAGCCGCUACCUGUUUCUACGCCUUCGUAGGCUUCGACUGCAUCGCCACAACAAGUGAGGAGGUGAAGAACCCUCAGAAGUCCAUCCCGCUGGGCAUCGUGGCGUCUCUCCUCAUCUGUUUCCUGGCCUACUUCGCCGUGUCGGCGGCCCUCACUCUGAUGAUGCCCUACUACAUGCUGAAUGUUAACAGCCCGCUUCCCGUGGCCUUCGAGUACAUCGGCUGGGGGCCCGCCAAGUAUGUGGUGGCUGUCGGUUCACUCUGCGCCCUCUCCACCAGUCUGUUGGGUUCCAUGUUCCCUAUGCCCCGCGUACUGUUUGCUAUGGCCAGAGACGGCCUCCUCUUCAAGCCCCUCAGUAAGGUCAGCGCCAGACAAAGUCCUGUCAUCGCUACCAUCUCCUCCGGGGUCGUAGCAGCGAUAAUGGCCCUGGUGUUUGACCUGAAAGCAUUAGUUGAUAUGAUGUCAAUUGGGACACUCUUUGCCUACACACUUGUGGCUAUAUGCAUUCUUAUACUGAGGUACCAAGAGACCCAAUCAGAAGACUCAGAUCUCCAGAUCCUUGAAUCAAACACCAAGUUUGGUUGUCUCAAACCACCAUCAUUCCCAACUUCGGGCACCUCCAAAACAGUCACAGGUUUGACUGUCUUGUCUGUGGUGUGUGUAUGUGGUCUGUGCAUCCUGCUGACCCAAGCGAUAAACGCUAUACAGCGGCAGGAGAUCUGGAGCUUGGUGUGUGUGUCCAUCGUAGCCUUCAUCCUCCUGGUCCUCGUCAUCAUCAUCUGGAGGCAUCCACAGAACCAAGCCAAGGCUGCUUUCAUGGUGCCCUUCCUGCCCGUGCUGCCUGUAGUUAGUGUGUUUGUCAACGUCUACCUGAUGGUCCAGUUAGGAGGAGACACCUGGAUGCGAUACGCCAUCUGGAUGGCCGUAGGGUUCCUCAUCUACUUUGGUUAUGGGAUCCGUAACAGCGUUCAGAAGCAGAGGAACCAGACCAGCCAGGUAAAGAUUGAGACCAUCAGCGGUGUGAUGGAAAAAGAGGCCGUCAAAGAAGAGAAGUUCUGAGGCUGAGUGGAAAGGACAGUACAGGGCAGGACAACACAGGACAAUACAGAAAAUAACUGGAGUUGAUAGGACAGGACAGAAAAUAACUGGAGUUGACAGGACAUCAAAGGUCUGGAGCUGACAGGACGGGACAGACAAGAACUGGAGUUGACAGAAAAGGACUGGGGAUGAAAUGACAGGACAGAAAAGGACUGGGGAUGACAGGACAGGACUGGGGAUGACAGGACAGAAAAGGACUGGGGAUGACAGGACAGAAAAGGACUGGGGAUGACAGGACAGAAAAGGACUGGGGAUGACAGGACAGAAAAGGACUGGGGAUGACAGGACAGGACAGGAGAGAGCGAGAGAGAGAGGUGUUCUGAUGUUACAGUGUGUAUUUUUUGGUACAAAUAAAGGCUGGUUUAUACUUUGUCUAACCACGUCUGUGGACCACUAGAAUUGAACAAGUGUAGUUGGUCAAAACAACACUGUAUAUUUCCACAGUAUUUUUUCCAACUUUAAAAUAAUGUAUUUUAUGAGGAGAUAUCACUGUGAUUGAUAAAAUAUAUUUUUGUUUUCUCAUUGUUUUGUCAUGAGGUAUUGGGAUAGAUAGAACAUUAAAUGUCCAAAGGAAAUGCAUUACAAGUUUUAUGAGGUGAUUUAGUCAGCUGUUUAGUCCACGUGAGAUUGGGUUAUGAGUUUAGAGAUUGUGAUUUAAUCUACUUUUACAUCUCUUGAUGUUGUAAGACAGUUGGAACAUAGAGGAUAAAGUUAUUCUCUCUGUAUUAGUCAGAGGCCAUGAAAGAUUGCCUGGCCACACCCCAAGAUAAUGUCAACUAAUGUAACAAGCUCUAACAACUUAUCAGAUGUAAAGUUGAAGCAGUUUACCUGAUGUAUCAUCACUUUUCCAUUACAACAUGACUAGGGGAAAGUGUUUUCAGAGCAGUAAGAGCAGUUAGUGUGCCUGCCCAAAGCGAGAACAACUGCUCUGUUCCUACAUAGUCCAGGCGUAUUAGUGUGCCUGCCCAAAGCGAGAACAACUGCUCUGUUCCUACAUAGUCCAGGCGUAUUAGUGUGCCUGCCCAAAGCGAGAACAACUGCUGUAUUCCUACAUAGUCCAGGCGUAUUAGUGUGCUCGCUGACCGUGUUGUUUGAGAAAAUCACAAUGAUACUAUUUAUACUUUUUGAACUAUGACUACAUAAAAUACAGAACAUUUAAAUGGUCAUAGACUUGGGAUAGUACUACUCUUCAACUGUUUAUGCUAGUCGCAUCAAAAGUUAUUCAACUUUUUUUUUUUAUAACUUACUCUACCAUCAAAAUAAUUUUGGGAUAGCUGAAGCAAGCAUACAAGUUUUUUUCUUCAGAAAAAUUACCCUAGCUAAUAAUUGUUUUAAUUUUGUCACAAAUAUACACAGUAUGUUGGAGUCCAUUCAACCAGUUUAGUUGAGUUUUUGUUUCCUGUGAACUAAGAUGUGACUGUACGAUGUGCUAAAGUUUUUUAUUUAAUUUUUAUUUAACCUUUAUUUAACUAGGGCAAGCCAGUUAAGAACUAAUUGUUAUUUACAAUGACGGCGUGGCAGGUAGCUUAGUAUUAUGCUUUACCCUACUUGUCAACUUGUGAUUGUCCAAGAAAUGAUACAGGAAGCAAGCAAGUUUUAAAUCCAAGAUAGAUUUAUUGUGCCAUUUCAUAGGGUCCAGUUUAAUACAUGUUUCAAAAUGUUAACGUGUGUAGAUGUAGAAUGUAGAUAUGAAUCCCCCCCCCAAAAAAUGGUUUUCUUCUAGUGCAUAGCUUAUUUCAAGAUUUUACCACAAUGAUAUUUUAUUGUUUCAUAAUGUAAAUAUUAAAAUGUGUAUGUAUACAAUGCUGUAUAUGA